GUUCAGCUGUUGACGUCUUGUUUUGUUUAUUUUUGUAAUAGUAUAAAUAAAUUUUAAAGUCAUUAGAGUAACGGUCUGGAAACGUGAAUAAAACUAAUAUUAUCAUACGAAAUCCCUAUAUAACAGCAAUGUAGAACAAGUAUGCCACCCUACCGUGAUAAAGAUGGAUGUGUAGACUACAGAAGGCAGACUCGUACUAAACAAAAUGUUUACGAAUGUCCUCCUCCCCCACCAGAGGUGCUACAGUGCAGUAUAUGCGGAACAGCCGAGUGCGAAGGCUCCAACAUCUGGAACAGUGUUCCAUUCGUCUCGUAUUCAACGAUGUUCGGGCCCACCCUGUUCGAUAUACUGAUACAUGUACUGAACCUGCUGCCGCUCUCCGUCAUAUGCUGGUUGGGUAUCGGACACCACAAGAAAUGCUGUGCCGUUAAACCUCCUGUCUUUAACUAUGAUCCGCUUAAUGAAACUCCCAAGAAAAAGUAUCAGGAUCAUCCAAAAGGAGAAGGGUCGAAUGACAGCCUAUCCGGUUGGAUGCACGACGAAUAUCUGUCCUUGGCCAAGGAGCUCGCGGACCUGAGGAAGCUGACAUGUGAGCGAAGAGACGAGGACGACCCGGACAACCGGGACUUGCUGCAGGCCCGCAACUACGUGCUGGACCGCCUGGCCGAGAUGCUGGCUAAGCGGGAGGAGAUCGAGAGGAGGAUGAAGAAAAAGAAGCAGAAGAGUCAGAGCUGACGUCACCGCAAACCCUGGACCACCAACGAGACGGAGCGACUUCACCUAUUAAAUUUAUUAUCUGUCAAAAUAUACUGGUCGAGGGAAAAAUUAAAUUUUGUCUUUAUUUGUUUUACGGUGAA